AUGAGCCUGGCUUCCAGCCUGGGCCUCAUGGCCAGCACUGCGCACCAGCUGGACAGACGGACGUGGCCAGUGCCCCCAGGGCCUGUCUGGGCCAAGCCUGGGGGAUGCAGCAGUGAGGGAGCCAUGUACUCAGUGGAGAUCACGGUGGAGAAGGACAGAGUGACUGGGGAGACCAAGGUCCUGUCCAGCACCACCAUGCUCCCCCAGAACCACUGUCUGCAGGGGGUCAAAGUGUACGAGGAUGAGCUGAAAG